GUGUUGGGCUGAAUGUGCCUCCCUGUGCUUCAGGUAAAGUGUUCCUGGGUCCUCCCAGACUGUACCAGGAGCUGGAGGAGCUACAGCAUGACCUGGCUGUAGUGGAGGAGGUCUCACUGCUGGUGGGCACGCUCCACGGAACCUACCAGAAUCUAAACACCAUAGUGUCUCAGGACUGGUGUCUGGCUCUGCAGAGGCUCCUCCGUCUGAAGGAGGAGGAGAUCCAGAAUGCCAACAAGUGUCGCCUGCGUCUGUCCAUACCAGGCAAACCUGACAAGUCUGGUCGUCCAGUGAGCAUCAUUGUUGUCUUCAACACUCCCAGCCCCCUCAGUAAGAUCUCCUGGGUCAACCGGCUUCACCUUGCCAAGAUAGCUCACAGACAGGAAAACACUCCGGGGUGGGAAUGUGCUGAAGAAGACGUGAAGACAAAAGCUCCAUUUAGUUGUCCACUGUUAACCUGCGAACUUCCUGUCCUCUCCUCCAGAACACACUCACUGAAGCUGGAGGCAGCUCUUCACAGUCCGUCUCAGUCCAGCCUGCUUGGUUUCUGCACUGCCAGUACUUCUCUACCACAGGGUUACCUCUGGGUUGCAGGUGGAGGAAGCAGCUUCAACCAUGGCCAAGUGGAGAUCUUCUCACUGAACCGAGCCACUCCUCGCCUGGUCAAGACCGUCCCGCUGAGGGCCCCGGCCCUCUGUCUGGAGUAUGUGAAGGAGCCGUGUCCCAACACAGAGGAGAGGGAGGCUGAGAACGCCCAGUCUGCAGCCAAGAUAGGAAAUAUCAUCUGUGUUGGCCUGCAGGACGGCAGGUCAGACAUUUCCACCAGCUCAGAGCAUCAGUCUGUAGACACAAACUUAUGACCUUUCAUCUGGUCUAGUCGGUCAGCAGUGAACACAUUAAAUAGACCAAGCACAACAUGUUCUUUAGGCAAGGCAAGUUUAUUUAUAGCACAUUUUAACAACAAGGUAAUUCAAAGUGCUUCACAUAAAACC